AUGUCGUUUAAAUAUUUAGUUAUUACGUGUUUUUGCUGUUUUACAUCUCCAGUUUUUGCGGGAAGAAGUGGGGGUUAUUCGGGUACUAGAACCCAUCAUUUUCCAAGCAAUCCUCAUCCACACCCGACUCAAACUCAUACUUAUCCUCACGCAUCUCAAACUCAUACUUACCCUCAAGCUCCAGGACUUUCUGGGAACACAGGUUCUCAUGGCUUUAGACCCACUCACAGUAAUGAAGUACAUCAUCAUUACCACUAUAGCCCUCCACAGCACAUAAGCUACGGAUCUUCUCAGCAUCCAGUUUAUCAAGGACAACCUCCAAUAUACGUUUACCAAUAUAGGGAUUCGGGAAGUCGCUUCGAUACACUACUUACGGGACUCGCAUUAUACAAUUUAGGCAGAAUGUCUGCCAAUCAUGACAACUAUCAUAAUAGAGAUUACAAUAGAGAGUAUAGGGGAAAUCCCGGUGAGAUAUGCAAGCUUGCAAUAAGCAAAACAAACGGUGAAUACGAGGAAACUAGAAUUGAAUGUAAGUUGAUGUCAAGUUUUAUUUGGGAAGUUGAUAGCGACAAAAAAGGGGUGUUAAUGGAUGCCGGAACGAGUAAUGUUGUAACAAAAACUGUUACUUCAGUGCAAAAUGUAACUAAAGAUGGCAAUUCUAGUACAACAGUGACGAGUACUACAGUGGUCGAUGCUCUUCAGGUUAAAGGACCUUCUAUAAGAGUGGAAUCAGGAAUGACAUGUUUCAUGAUACGUGUUUCGAGAGAUUCGUCGCAGUUAAAAAGGAAAGUGGACUGCAAGCUUUUACAGGAAUAUGCUACAAGAUCUUUACAAUAUAGCGGAUGUUCGCAAGUUUUGUCAAGGAUGCUUGUUAUUAUUUCUACUGUAAUAACUGUGUUAUGUUUUGUG